ACAGAAGUUGUUGUUUGUGUCCUGUUCUUUCUCGUGCCCUGUUCCCGUAUCCGUGUUCAUUUCUACAUACAUAUCUAUUGACAGUCACUUGUUUAUUUGGUCAAUAUAUUUGUUUUACAUCUCCGACUUACAUUGGUAAAAGUGAAUAUAUAAAUAUGCAGAAAAAUUUCUAAUUAAAGUAAAAUAAAAUACAAUUUAAAAUUAGGAUAAUAUAUUACACGUAACAAGAUAAGGAGAAAAGAUCAGCUUCUUUAAACUGUAUUUCAACAAGGAUACGGACUGGUUGACUAAGUGAACUUGAAAAUACAUUAAUGAUAAAAAUAUGGCUCAAGAAGUUGAAGAAACAAUGAAACGCAUUCAGUCCCAUAAGGGAGUUGUUGGGACAAUAGUUGUUAACGCCGAGGGCAUUCCUAUAAAGACAACUUUAGAUAAUACAACAACAGUGCAAUAUGCUGGAUUAAUAAGCCAGCUUUCUGAUAAGGCUCGUUCAGUUGUUCGUGAUUUGGAUCCUACGAAUGAUUUAACUUUUCUGCGUAUACGUAGUAAGAAACAUGAAGUAAUGGUUGCUCCUGAUAAAGAAUUUAUACUGAUUGUGAUACAAAAUCCUGUUGAUUAAAUUAAAAAGUAGUUAAUAAAAUUUUUUCAAUGACACAAUAAAA